AUGAAUGACCGCAUCAGCAGGAGCGGAUUUUUACAACAACAACAAGGCUCAUCGUUCUUGUGUGUUGUGAGCAACAACAGCCUUAUUUCAUCAUCAUCACCACCAUCAUCAUUACCACCCUUCUCAUCGUCCUCGUUAUUCAGUGAGAGGUCGGAGGAGGAGAUUUUAGGAACCUUUGGCUCUGUAUAUUCAUGUUCCAUUCCAAUGGUAGCAUCAUUAAUGGAAUCAUCAUUGGAAAAAUUGGCUGCAAUCAGGUCUGACCCGGUCAUGUCUAAGGAGAUGAACCAUACCGCAUCGUCGUGGAAGAGUAAUUGUAUGACAAGUUGUAGAAAUAAUUAUUUUCGUAAUUUAAUUGAAAUUCGGAACAGUCCUACAAUGGGUGGAAGUAUUUCUGUUUUGAAUGAAAAGUACAACAACAGCAAGUGCUUCAAGCAUUCUGCUCCCUGUCUUCAAAAUUUUCAUCAUGAUUCGAGAAGAAUUUAUGAAGACGUUUGUGUGUGCUCUCCAUUAUCAUCAUCGUCAACAAACAAAUCCAAGGAGCAUUCGUAUCAUGAUGAGGACGACACGAGCACAUACAGCUCACCAGUUCAACAACAGGUAGAACAACAUCAUCACAUUCUUUCUACCACGUCGCUGCACACAACUCAUAGUUCCACAAUUUCAACACCAACCGAGAUAAUUGUUUCAGCAGCAUCAGCAAAUUCCUCUAACCCAACAUCACCAUCAUCGUCUGGACAAGUGUUUUAUUGGACACUCUCCAAAAAUCUACUUGCAGGAGCAAUGGCCCGAUGUGGAGCUGCUGUAAUUAUGUUUCCUAUCGAUGUUGUUAAAACACGAUUGCAAUUUCAAAGAAAAGAUGCAUUCAAACAAGGCAAACUUCGUCAUCACUACAAACACGGUGUAGAUGCAUUUCUAACAAUUUUGAAGGAAGAGGGAAUUAGAGGUCUCUAUAAAGGACUCUCUGUUCGGUUAAUUUACAUCACACCAGCUGCUGCCGUGAGUUUUACAGUGUAUGAACAGUUCAUGCAAUCGAUUCAAAGCAAAGUGCCAAUAUUAAAAGGAGGAACAAGUGCAUUGAACGAUAAUGGCAAUUCAAAUGGCAACAAUUUUUCGUGGAAAACUCCGAUUUUGACAUUAUCGGCAGGAGCUUUGGCUAGAGUUUUAGGAACAGCAUGUCGAACACCAUUCGAUAUUUUGAAACAACAAUUACAAGUGGAAGGUCAAUUAAAAUCACAACAUGCAGAAAAAAGAGGAAUUAUUGGAACGCUAAAAACUAUUGCAAAACAAGAUGGUAUUUCUGGAUUCUUCUCAGGUUAUGCAGUGACACUAUUGAGAGACGCUCCUUUUGCAGCCAUUUAUUUCACCUCCUAUGAAAUGAUUAAGCGAUUAUUGCGCCGGGGAGAUUCGAACAUCUACCAAGAUGUAGAUCCAAAUACUGGAAGAAGAAAAUCAGGAAAAUCCAUUCACCACUUAUUUGCAGGAGCACUCGCAGGUGCCAUUGGUACCACUUGCACCAUUCCAGUCGACGUGGUGAAAACAAGACUUCAAACACAAAGCAAAACAGGAAAAAAGGAAUACGAUGGAAUUGCAGAUGCAUUCCGAAAGAUUUACAAGGAAGAAGGUUGGAAAGGUUUCACAAGAGGUCUAGGACCUCGAUUGAUUUACAUCAUGCCUGCCUCUGCAUUGACAUUUACUCUUUACGAAAAAUUGAAGGUUUUCUUUAAUAUUAAUGAAACUAAAAAACCGGAGACAACCACCACAACCUCACAAUAG